AUGCCGACCGCUGAUGAUCCAUUCGCCGCUCUAGGCCUGCCGGUGGGCGCAUCCGGUGAGUGACACAUGGAGCUAAUGCCAGGCUGCUUGUCUCGAGCCUCGAUCUCGAUGAAGUCAUACUGACGCUGCCUCGCACUACCUCGUCGUAAAUUUCAAGAGGCCGACAUUCGCGCAGCAUACCGAAGACUCUCGCUCAAGCUGCACCCCGACAAGGCGAGGGAUGUGACGCCCGAAGUAGCCUCGGCUCGCUUUCACGCAAUUCAGACGGCCUACGAGGCGCUUCAAGAUCCAGUGUAUCGAGCUAAAGCUGCAUCGAUAGCGGAAGCAGAGCGCAAGAAAAAUGAGAGGAGAGGCGCUUAUGAUGGCAACAGAAAGAGGAUGGCUGAGGAGCUGGAGAGGGAAGAAAGAGAAGGCUUGAAGAAGAGAAGGGAUGUCAAGGAUCGCGAAGAAAGGUUGAGAAGGUUGAAGGAAGAAGGCAAGAGGCUGACAGAAGAGCUGCUCAGGAGCAAUGCGUCAUCCUCCACGCCUUCCACGCCGGACCCGAAAAAUGCUGGUGGUGAGGCAUCAUCUGAGCAGGUGCUGGAAGAGCGAGAAGACGAAGAUGGCGUGGAGCCUGCGUUAGGUGAGCGCUCAAGAGUAAUACGGCAAAAGUUUGUCAGAUGCAUUUGAGGUUUGGCUGACGAUGGGUUGCCCUUUUGUCCUCGCACAGGGCCACUCGACAAGACUGUGAAGCUACGUUUUCCCUCCCAUCAACAAUCUCUCCUCAUGGGCUCGUCCGCCAGCGCAGCCUCGAGUGAACCCCUACGUACUCCUCUCGCCAGCGCGAUGUCGCGUCGCUUCGGCAAGAUCGAGGCAAUUCGAUUCCUGCCGCCAAAGGCUUCAAAGAGGCACCCGGAGAGGAUACCUAAUGAAGCGACAGCUCUCGUAUCAUUCGCGGGGUUGGAAGACGCCAUGAAAGCUGUGGAGUUGGGUGGGCAGAUGAAUGCCGCGAAUCGCAACGACGAGCAGACCAGGAUACUGGAGGAUGUUCACAUUGGAUGGGCUACAGCGGGUAAGGGGAAUGAUGGAGAGCCGCCAGCUGCUCGUUUCAGAAGGUCACAGCGUGCAAGGGAGCAGGCCGCUCCACCACGAGGCGCGAAUGGCCAAUAUGCGCGCGGAGAGAGUCUUGUGAGUUUCAUUCCGCGUGCCACGGAGACAACUAGGAGCCUCGUCAUCUCCGCUAACGCAGCCUGCUUCCCGUACAUCGCAGCCGCCUUCUGAUGGCCCCAAACCUGAAGAUGCAGCGACGUACGAAGCGAAUACCCUGGCGAGGCUCAUGAGCAUGAGCUGA